GUCCAGGUAGUAGCGCUUCCCCGCACAUCAACACCUACAGUACUGAGUAAGAACCUAGCUUUCGUCAUCAUUGAUGGUUCUCGGUCGGCGAAGAGAAAUCCGUCGGUUGAUGAACAAGAGGAGGCCUUUUUCGGAAUAGAUGAAAUGAGACAUAUCGGUGGUCUUCCUCUUCUCGCGUGAUACCCACACGGUAAUUGGGAAACAUCGGUGGGUUCGUGCCAGUCUGCAGUUCCGUGAGUGCAGCUUCUGGCAGGUACCGAAAUUAUUAUCGUCUCGGGUCGUAUUUUUGAUCGACAGACACACAUUGGUUCGUCCAAAUAUGGAACUGCUCGGUCAGGAAACGUUGAACAUGAAAGUGUUUUUUUGUUCUUGCCCUAUCACAGCCGGCAUUUCACAACAAAAAUAAAUUCGUCGGUUGAAAUGAAUAAGUAUGUCGCACAGGAGUUGUAGCAAGCACAGUUUCUUUUUCAACACCGCAACCUUCUUCACAAUUGCUUGUACUUACGUCCCCUCUUUUCAAAGGCAUUUUGAUCUUGAGAAUUUUGAUCUAAAAAAGUACUUAUGAGGUUUUGAGCUCUUAUCUGUUCGCAAUUACUUACUUUUUAAAUUUUACUUUUUUAUAUUUUCCACGUGGGGUGAAGAACGUGGACAGUGACCAUUUAAGAACCAUUUCGGAACGUUGACAACAUAAAGACGAGUUACUCUCUUUGGCUCAACAAGUGAUUUAGGAACUCCCGAAAAUUUAAAGAUGGCAAAAUCUUUUCGCUCGCGGCGUGACCCAAGUAGAGAACAUCUUGUCGCGGCUAGUAGUGAAGAACAUGCCGGAUUUGGCGCUGACCACACCGGUGACUUCAACAAAUCGCAAGAACAAGCUGAGACUUCGGUCUCCUGCUGGGCCAAGAAUCCGGUUUUGUGGGUAGUUCUCACCGUCAUGGGCUUCUCGCUGGUCAUCUUUCUCGCGAUCUAUUUUUCCGUGACCGCGGCAAAAAGUCCUGGCAGCGCGAACGGCGGGGGCAACAAUGGGAAUAGUAACAUCCCCAACCAGGGGGGCAACAGUGCCGGAGGUCGCGACGCCCGGAUUCUGGCAAACCUCCCUGCGCACUACAUAGCGUUUUCCUCGGAGGAGCCGCAGACGGCGGUCGAAGUCCAAGAUGACGCGCGGCUGCGGGGCCCGAAGGCAUCGCGAGAGCGGCAAAAAAAGUUUGUCGCGUUGAGCCCGGAGGUAGUAGCUUCCCAGCCACCUACUCCGCCACGACAGCUCGCGGGGCAGACGGUCGGGUACUACAGUUUCGCGUCCAUUCCGGGCACGAUCACCGUGAACGGCGAGACGCACGACAAGCAGUGGCUUCUGGAUAACUUGCUGGUAAAGCAGCAGACGGAGUUUCGCACGGUUUUGCAAGAAUUAGAGAGGCUCGGCCGCAAGAAAGGCCACUAUAUUUGGUGGGUGGUACCCAGCGAUCGCUGGGGGCAGUUCGAGGCGCGGAACGAGCGGACCGCCGUGGCGAAAGACGCCUGCAAGGAACUGUUCGUGCGGCAGAAGUACAAAACCUUGGUUCUGUACGAGAAGAUUCUGGAGAAAUUUCUGGAAUUGCUCCAAAACAACCCGACCGGACGCACAGACCCGGCAUCCGGGAAGAAAAUCCCAAACGCAGAGAUCAUUCCUGGCAUCGACUUCGGGAAAAUUCGGUUCUGGAUCCUGUUCUACCAGCGGAGCUGUGAGGAUGCGGAUUGGGUGCCCGGCUGGUACAAGGACGUGGUGGCGCGCUGGGACCAGUACAAGUUUUGACGAAAAAUCUUCUCGAGUGUUUUUGACAUGCGAGGGGACCACAACGUCACUGGCUAAACUGGGAUCGAAAAGUAGUGCUUGCUGUGGACUCAUCGGAAAUUUCCACGGUCGGGAGAAGCCUUGCCACGGAAGCCCUUAUUGGCGCUCUGUUUUUCACUUUCUACCUCUUUAUCAUUUUCGUCUUCACUGUUGUCGUAUUUACAACAGUGUGGUAAAUUAUCAUUAUAUAUAACUUAAUAUAGAGGUCACACCGACUGUCAUCCUUGUAUCUCGCUCUACUUCUACAACAGCCUUCUUUCAUAUUGCCAGCUUCAUCGCCCCGCCACGUUUUUUUGUUCAGUCGGAGAACUAAUAAUAUUGUUUAUUGAUGAAGAUGAUCAUGACCCCUCGCCCUACCUUCUCUUAUGAUUGAAUGCAAACACAUACGCAUCUCACAGUUCGCGUCCCUUCGGUAAGCUUCAU